GAGGGAACUGGUGUGGUGUGCUCGGAGGUUCCAAACAACUCCCAGAUCCGCAGGACACAGCAGCCACAACUCCUCGCCAACUCUCCUCACUGAAUCUUCAAGGAGCCGUCUCUGUUAAACUUCUUGACCAACGGUUUCCUCUUGACCUGCUAAAAAACAAAAGUUCAACAUGUUGGCCGUCCUUGCAUUCAUUGUCAUCUUUCACAUAACUUCAAUAGCAUUGCUGUUCAUUGCAACCAUAGAUAAUGCUUGGUGGGUAGGAACUGAUUUCUCUCUUGACAUCUGGCAAACAUGUAUGAAUACCACAACUGCAAAUAAUUGUACGGACAUUGGAAGCAAAACCAACUAUUUUCAAGCUAUCCAGACUAUCCAGGCUACAAUGAUCCUAUCUACUAUUCUGUGUUGUUUUGGACUUGUUUGUUUCGCAUUUCAGCUUUUCCGUCUUAAACAAGGAGAACGAUUUGUGUUAUCGGGCAUUAUCCAGAUGUUAUCAUGCCUUUGUGUACUGAUUGCAGCUGCCAUCUACUCUUCUAUGCAUGAAAGCUUUCACAAGAACCUUAAUCUGACAGGAGGCUCAUUUGGAUAUUCCUUUAUACUUGCUUGGAUUGCUUUUGCUUUCACUUUUUUGAACAGCAUCAUGUACCUAAUACUUAGAAAGCGUAAAUAAUCAUUAGCAGUAUGCACAUAAUCAUCUCAACGAGGUUAUGUAGUAAAGGUAUUUCUCCUAAAACAAGAUGUGCUGUGUUUCUGCCAUUACAGCUAGAGGACUCUGAUAUGUAAUCCACAUAACCUGGAAAAACAAUGCUGUAAACGUUAAUGGGAAACAAGGGAUUUUGGUAUAUGUGUGGUGUUCUACAACUUGAAGUUUAUUUUUUUUUAAUAAAAUUGUAUGUUUUUGGCCUUAGGCUUAGAUAUUGAUUAACUGUAGUUACAUGGACAUGUGUGUACAGAUACAGAAAGAGAGAGAUUAUAGCAUUUAUUAAUAUAUAGGCUGCUGUACUAAGAACCAAUUUACAGAAUUGUCUGAAAUACAUGUUAUUUCUGGAUAGGGUUGCCACCUUUCUUGGAAGGGAAAAAAUACCAGCCAUGUUAAUUUGCAUAAUUAAUUAUGAGUGACCUCACAGGAUAUGACAUCACUGUAUGGAAAUGACAAGGAGUGACAUAAGAGCAACAAAUACACUUUUGGAAAGAGGAAAAUGUUGUAAAUAAAAUCACACACACACA